AUGCCGGCGAGGCUCUCCUGGCCCGAAGCGGCGGCACUGGCGCUGCUGACCCUGGCUCUGCUGGUCACUCUGUGCCGGCACCUGUGGGCGCUGCGCUGGAGCCUCAGCCGGGACCGUGCCUGUGCCCUGCCCCUGCCCAAGGGCUCCAUGGGCUGGCCCUUUUUCGGGGAGACCCUGCACUGGCUGCUCCAGGGCUCCCGCUUCCACAGCUCCCGGCGGGAGAGGUAUGGAAACGUCUUCAAGACCCACCUCCUGGGCCGGCCGGUGGUGCGGGUGACGGGCGCUGAGAACAUCCGCAAGAUCCUGCUGGGUGAGCACACACUAGUCCGCACGCAGUGGCCCCAGAGCACCCAGAUCAUCCUGGGCUCCCACACCCUUCUAGGCUCCACUGGUGACCUGCAUCGCCAGCGCCGCAAGAUCCUGGCCAGAGUGUUCAGCCGUGCUGCCCUGGAGAGCUACCUUCCACGGAUCCAGAAGGUUGUGAGCUGGGAGCUGCGGGGCUGGUGCAUGGAGCCGGGCUCCAUUGCAGUUUAUUCCUCAGCUAAAACCUUGACUUUCCGCAUUGUAGCUCAGAUUCUGCUGGGGCUCCGCCUGGAGGAAAAGCAGUUCAAGGAUCUGGCCAAAACUUUUGAACAGCUGGUGGAGAACCUCUUCUCCCUGCCCCUCAACAUACCCUUCAGUGGGCUGCGCAAGGGAAUCAAAGCACGGGACAUGCUGCAUGAGUUUAUGGAGAAGGCUAUACAGGAAAAGCUACAGAGAAACAACCCAGCAGAUCACAAUGAUGCUCUGGAUUUUAUAAUAAAUAGUGCCAAGGAGCAUGGCAAAGAAUUCACCAUGCAGGAGCUAAAGGAGUCAGCGAUCGAGCUCAUAUUUGCUGCUUUUUUCACUACGGCUAGUGCUAGCACCUCUCUGAUCCUCCUGCUACUGAAGCACCCUUCAGUGACUGAAAAAAUAAGGCAGGAGCUGGUUUCCCAUGAGCUGUACCAGCAGUGUGAGCACUGCUCUGCAGGAACCUGCCCAGACACCCCAACCACCCAGAGCAGAGACAGCAAGAAGCCACUUCUCGUCCCCAUGGCCAAAGGUGCUAGCAAGGACCAGACCCAGUUCUGGAGUCCAACAGAGCAAAGUCCCUCCCAGCCUCAUGCCCCACUGGAUCCCACUCUCCGCACUGGCCCCCAGCUCCAGGUGCCAUUGAGACAGAGCUGUUGCUGCCCCUCGGACAUCAGCCUGGAGAAGCUGAGCCGCCUGCGCUACCUGGACUGUGUGAUUAAGGAGGUGCUGCGGGUGCUGCCCCCUGUCUCCGGAGGCUACAGGACAGCACUGCAGACUUUUGAGCUGGAUGGCUACCAGAUCCCCAAAGGCUGGAGCGUCAUGUACAGCAUCCGUGACACACAUGAGACAGCUGCCAUCUACCAGAGCCCCACCAGUGCCUUUGACCCAGACCGCUUUGGAACCACCCAAACAGAGGCUGUGGGCCGCUUCCAUUACAUCCCUUUUGGCGGUGGGGCACGGAGCUGUAUUGGGAAGGAGCUGGCACAGGCCAUGCUCAAGCUGCUGGCCAUUGAGCUGGUCAGCACAGCCCGCUGGGAGCUGGCCACCCCUAGCUACCCUGCCAUGCAGACCGUGCCCAUUGUGCAUCCUGUUGAUGAUGGGCUGCAUCUCCACUUCCACCCCUUGCAGCCUGGUCACAGCAGCAAGGCCUGA